AUGCAGUUUUGCCAAGGAUGGAGCUGUGCAGGUGACAAGACAGUGUUUGAGGUUAUUGGUACAAGUGAAUGUGCUGAUUGCAAAGAGAAUAACUUCAAGACAAGUCAGGCAUUUUCAGGUCUUCGAGUGACCAUCGACUGCAAGCUCAAGAAUGGAGACACGAAAAGGUUCGGCUCAAGCGAACUCGACAAACAUGGCAACUUUAAGGUCUCUCUCCCCAAAGAACUCGUUCGAAACGGGCCCAAAAUCGAGCACGAAUGCUACGCUCAGCUGCACAGCGCAUCCGCAAUCCCUUGCCCGGUCCACAACUCACUCGAAGCCUCUAAAAUCACCCUCAAGCCCCUAAACGACGGCCCAAAUUACAUUUUUGCCCCUUCCGAAAAAAUUCGAUUUUCAGCCGCAACGUGCACUUCCAAAUCCUUUUGGCCGUACUUCAAGCACCCACCUUUACCACCCUUUGGGCACCCUUGGCUCUUCCCUCCAUUGCCCCCUUUCUACAAACCGAAGCCACCAUCAACUCCCAUUUACGAGCCGCCACCAGUUGUUAAGCCGCCAGUUUACAAGCCGCCCAAGAAGCCAUGCCCACCUACCAAACCAAAGCCACCGGUUUACAAGCCGCCAGUGGAGAAGCCACCGGUUUACAAGCCGCCAGUCGAAAAGCCGCCAAUUUACAAGCCGCCAGUGGAGAAGCCACCUGCUUACAAGCCGCCAGUGGAAAAGCCGCCGAUUUACAAGCCACCAGUCGAAAAGCCGCCAAUUUACAAGCCGCCAGUGGAGAAGCCACCUGCUUACAAGCCGCCGGUGGAAAAGCCGCCGAUUUACAAGCCACCAGUGGAGAAGCCACCGGCUUACAAGCCGCCAAUUAUUGUUAAGCCAUUGCCACCACCAAUUUACUUAUAUCCAAUCCCACCAAUCACGAAGAAGCCUUGCCCGCCUCUACCAAAGCUUCCGCCUUUCCCGAAAAUCCCGCCAAAGUACUUUCACCAUCCCAAGUUCGGACCUUUCCCGCCUGGGCCACCUCUUGCUCCGCAUCCGUAA